UUGCCACGCUCCUUCCUUCCCCGCCUUCCUUGUCUCCCCCGACUGCGCUGGUUCCUGUGGCCACCCCGCAGCGCCAGCCCAGGUGCCAUGGCAGCUAUGUACCUCCCCAGCCUGCGGCUUAGCUGGCAUGGGCUGAGGCCCUGGUGCUGGUCACCAUGCCGUAGCAUCCAGACCCUGCGUGUGCUCAGUGGAGAUCUGGGCCAGCUGCCAGCUGGAGUUCGGGACUUUGUGGAGCGCAGUGCCCGUCUGUGCCAACCAGAGGGCAUCCACAUCUGUGAUGGCACUGAGGCUGAGAACACUGCCACCCUGGCCCUGCUGGAACAGCAGGGUCUCAUCCGGAAGCUCCCCAAGUAUAAGAACUGCUGGCUGGCUCGCACAGAUCCCAAGGAUGUGGCACGGGUAGAGAGCAAGACGGUGAUUGUCACUCCUUCGCAGCGGGACACAGUGCCCCUCCUGGCUGGUGGGGCCCGUGGGCAGCUGGGCAACUGGAUGUCGCCGGAUGAGUUCCAGCGAGCUGUGGACGAGAGAUUCCCAGGAUGCAUGCAGGGCCGUACCAUGUAUGUGCUUCCAUUCAGCAUGGGUCCUGUGGGCUCCCCACUGUCCCGCAUUGGAGUACAGCUCACUGACUCAGCUUAUGUGGUGGCAAGCAUGCGUAUUAUGACCCGCCUGGGAACACCUGUACUUCAGGCCCUGGGAGAUGGUGACUUCAUCAAGUGUCUGCAUUCAGUGGGUCAGCCCCUGACUGGGCAUGGGGAUCCUGUGAGCCAGUGGCCAUGCAAUCCGGAAAAAACCCUGAUUGGCCACGUGCCAGACCAGCGGGAGAUCGUCUCCUUCGGCAGCGGCUAUGGUGGUAACUCCUUGCUGGGCAAGAAGUGCUUUGCCCUGCGCAUCGCCUCUCGCCUGGCCAGGGAUGAGGGCUGGCUGGCAGAGCACAUGCUGAUUUUGGGGAUCACCAACCCUGCAGGGAAAAAGCGCUAUGUGGCGGCCGCCUUCCCCAGUGCCUGUGGCAAAACCAAUCUGGCUAUGAUGCAGCCUGCCUUGCCGGGCUGGAAAGUCGAGUGUGUGGGGGACGACAUCGCCUGGAUGAGGUUUGACAGUGAAGGUCAGCUCCGGGCCAUCAACCCUGAGAACGGCUUCUUUGGGGUGGCCCCCGGCACCUCUGCUACCACCAAUCCCAAUGCCAUGGCCACAAUCCAGAGUAACACUCUUUUCACCAAUGUGGCCGAGACCAGCGAUGGCGGUGUGUACUGGGAAGGCAUUGACCAGCCUCUUCCACCUGGGGUCACCGUAACCUCCUGGCUGGGAAAGCCCUGGAAACCUGGUGACACAGAACCCUGUGCACAUCCGAAUUCACGCUUUUGCGUCCCGGCUCGCCAGUGUCCCAUCAUGGACCCAGCCUGGGAAGCACCAGAGGGUGUCCCUAUUGAUGCCAUCGUCUUUGGAGGCCGCAGGCCCAAAGGGGUACCGCUGGUGUACGAGGCCUUCAGCUGGCGUCACGGGGUGUUUGUAGGCAGCUCCAUGCGCUCUGAGUCCACGGCAGCUGCCGAACACAAAGGAAAGAUCAUUAUGCACGAUCCCUUUGCCAUGCGGCCUUUUUUCGGCUACAACUUCGGACACUACCUCCAACACUGGCUGAGCAUGGAGGGACACAGAGGAGCCCGGCUGCCUCGCAUCUUCCAUGUCAACUGGUUCCGGCGAGAUGAGGCAGGCCGCUUCCUGUGGCCAGGUUUUGGGGAGAAUGCUCGUGUGCUAGACUGGAUCUGCAGGCGGUUAGAAGGAGAAGACAGUGCCCAGGAGACUCCCAUUGGGCUAGUACCAAAGGAAGGAGCCCUGGAUCUCAGUGGCCUCAAGGCAAUAGACACCAUGCAGCUGUUCUCCAUCCCCAAGGACUUCUGGGAACAGGAGGUUCGUGAUGUUAGGAGCUACCUGACAGAGCAGGUCAACCAGGAUCUGCCCAAGGAGGUGUUGGCUGAGCUUGAGGCCCUGGAGGAGCGUGUGCGAAGAAUGUGACCUGAGGCUCUAGGGUCGUGUGCAAAGAAUAUGACCUGAGGCUCUAGGGGCGCGUGCAAAGAAUGUUACCCGAGGCUCUAGGCUAGCAAGAACGCAGCACCCCACCUGGGUAGAGAACUCCCAGGCUCUUAGAAAACAUGAACAGUUUGACAUUAAAACGUCUGAGUGUUGGGAGGCCAGGCCACAGACCUCCUCCCAUGCUGUCUGAUAAGAGAGUUGCAUUUAUUUUAUACAUCUGUGUUGUUCCCAACUUCCCAUUUGUCUUGAUGCUGGCCCACAUAGUAAGAACUUUUAGAAGGCAUUAUUCUUCUGAAGAAUGUAGCCUGGUCUGGUGAUGCAUGCCUUUAAUGCUAGAGGCAGCUCCACCCUGGAGAGUUUGAGACCAGCCUGCCUGGUCUAGAUAGCAAGUGCCAGGCGCCAGGGCUACACAGUAAAGACCAAUCUUAAAAAGGGAGGCCACAACAGGCUGCUCAGUGGUUAGGGUUAGUUCUCUGUCCCACACAGACAUGCAGAAGCCCGUCUUCUCCAUUGCUGGUUCUUACACUGGUUUCCUCCCGCUGGACUUAAACCAGGAGCCACACAGUCUUUGCUUGAGACCAGUCAGUGAAGGCAGCUCUGGCAUCGAUGUGCUGGCUUCCUCCCGCCGGACUUGAACCAGCAGCCACACUUUUUCUUUCACUUGAGACAAAGUCUCAUGAAGCCCAGGCUGGUUUCAAACUCACUAUGCAGCUAAAGAGCUCCUCUCUCUCCCUACUGGCAAGUGUGCCCCAAGGCCAGCUAGACAAGGCACUUCAGAGCACCAUCUGUAUGCUAGGCACUGUUCCAAGAACGUUAUGGAAGUCCCAUUUUACAGCUCAAAACUCAGAGUCGGACUGAGCAUAACAGCACAUCUUCAGAUCCUAACACUUGAAGGCAAGUCACCAAGGCAAGAGAACUGUACACAUAGUGACCCUGGCUACAAAGUAAAAAAACCACAAACCAAAGAUUAUCCAGUGAAUGGCCCCACAUCUUUGUGCAUAGGGGAAGCAGGGGGGUAUUUAAAAAAAAAAAAAAAAAAAAAAAAGACCUGAAGUUUAGAGAGGAA